AUGGCUAUCCUUAACAUUGAUCUAGAUUGGCAGCGACACAAAUGGCCACUCUUCUAUUGCUUUGUUUCACUCUUCGGAGCCUUCUGUUAUGGCUAUGACACCAUUUAUUACACUGGCAUCCAGGGAAUGAAGGCUUUCAUCCGCGACUACGGUACCAAGACUCAGGAUGGAACCUAUGCCCUCGAAACCACCUUUUUGUCUGUGACUGCGUCGGUGAUCUACGCAGGAGAAUUCGUUGGUGCCCUGAUGACCGCCCCAAUCAACGAUGCAUGGGGCCGCAAAGCAGUAUUCUACUCUGCUUCAAUCUCUAUCAUUGCAGGUGCUAUUGUUCAACUAUGCUCAUUCGGGAUCUAUGGCGCGUUCUGCGCCGGCCGAGUUCUUAUUGGGCUAGGAAUUGGUCAAUUCACAGCCACUUGUUUGAUCUAUAUCAAUGAAAUCGCCCCGGCCGAAAUUCGUGGACCUGCUCUCAUGUCAUUUCAAUUCAUGCAAUCCAUCUCCCAGUUGAUCGGAGCUUGCAUUACACAAGGCACACAAAGCAUCGAUAAUCCCACCUCUUAUCGAGUUCCCAUGGGACUAUUGAUGGCGCUUCCGGGUGUCAUGAUGAUCCUCCUUCCAUUCAUCCCGGAGAGUCCUGUAUGGUGUGUGUCCAAAGGUCGACAUGAAGCUGCUGAGGCAGCUCUGCGAAAGAUCUACCGGAUGGAAGGUUACAAUCCGGCGGAGGACCUUCGAAUUAUUCAAGAACAAGUUGACAAGGAGCGCGAGAUGGAAUCCGAAUCCUCUUGGUCAUCACUCUUCAAAGAUCCAGUCGAGCGGCGAAAGCUUAUCUUCUCAUGCGGCGCCAUGUUCGUACAACAGAUCAACGGCAUUCAGUUUUGGUAUACAUACGGAGUGGUGUUUGCACAGUCGAUUGGUGUCGGCGAGCCCUUCACCAUCAACACUAUCAUAUACGUUCUGCAAAUCAUCACAGUCGGGAUUUCAGUUACACUCGGAAACAAAAUUCGCCGCCGCACAAACUUGCUAGUUUGCACUGUCGGGAUGCUAUGCUCUCUAGUUGCAGUUGGUGGGCUUGGUACGACCCGCCAAGGCGGAACUUUCACGCACAGCGUUGGAAUUGCGAUUGUUGUCUUCGCUUAUAUCAACAUCGUCUUCUUCAACUUCUCUAUUGGCACAUUGUCCUACACCAUAUCUUCUGAAAUGGCAGUUGGCCGAAACCGUAACAAGAUUACUGCAUGUGCCAUGGGUGUCUUCUUCUUCACCGUCUGGCUGAUCACUUUCGUCUGUCCUUAUAUCUACUACUCGGCCAACUUGGGGCCUAUGAUGACUUUCAUCUUUGGUGGAACCAGUUUCAUCUGCUUGCUAUACAUUUGGUUCUGUGUUGGUGAAACAACAGGUCGUACAAACAGCGACAUUGACCAGCUAUUCAAAGAGAAUGUCCCAGUACGCCAGUGGCAAAAUCACGUUCUCGAGCGAGAGUAUGGCGCAGAAGACGACAAAAAAAUAUCGUCAGUUCAGGAGAUUGAACACCCAGUCUAG